GUCACAGCAGAAGCUCCUCCGGUCCUCCCUUCUCUCCGUAGAAACAUUUCCCGACGGGUGUUUCCCACGCCGGAAUGGACCAGCCGGCACCAUAAGCCCAAGAUUCGUUUGGUACGCUCUAUUUCAUCCGUAUCUUUACUUCAAUACGUAUACGGUUAUGGUUGAGAUAAUAUUUAAGGGCGUUGAGGGAAGUAGCGGCUCAUGUCGUCGGGUUAGGGGAAUUGAAGUUCCUGACUGGUUUCCGGUGCGCGUUUUUUUGGUAUUUGGCUGGCAUCCUGAGUCCGCUGCUGCCCGCCGAACGAUGGUCGAUCUGAUGAUUGGGCAGGCAAAUACCCAGAUCGGUGGCACCGGCGUUUAAGUUGAAGAGGAGCUGGGAUGAGUUUGUACGAUACUGGCUCUACAGUUAGGAGAACACAUUUAAUCUACCUUCACUAGCAUUCAGUAAUGCCUUUGCCUAAAUCAGACCUGGGGUCAUAACUCUUUAGUAGAGAACCAAGAAGAUGCAGGCAUCUAGGGCAAGGCUUUUCAAGGAGUACAAGGAGGUACAGCGAGAGAAGUCAGCUGACCCUGAUAUCCAAUUAAUAUGUGAUGAUUCUAACAUAUUCAAGUGGACUGCUCUUAUCAAGGGCCCUUCUGAAACACCUUAUGAAGGUGGUGUGUUUCAACUUGCAUUCGCAAUUCCAGAGCAGUAUCCUCUGCUGCCUCCUCAAGUUCGAUUUUUGACCAAAACUUUCCACCCAAAUGUGCAUUUCAAGACAGGUGAGAUUUGUCUGGAUAUAUUGAAGAAUGCAUGGAGCCCUAUAUGGACCCUUCAGUCUGUUUGUAGAGCCAUAAUUGCUCUGAUGGCCCACCCUGAACCAGACAGCCCACUUAACUGUGAUUCAGGCAAUCUCCUGCGGUCCGGUGAUAUCAGAGGCUAUCAAUCAAUGGCCCGCAUGUAUACAAGGCUGGCGGCCAUGCCAAAGAAAGGUUAGCCGUAGAACAUGUGCCAGGCCAAGAGCCUAUUGUCCAUGCAUGGCUACAUGUUGUCAGGUCUGCCUUGUGCUGUCUGUAUGAACUUUGUGGUUCUUGAUUCAUGAAAUACUAACCGUUCGUGUGUUGCGUGUGUGUCUGGGGUAAUGAGAGGACACUCGGGUUCUCGAUGGUGUUGGUCUGUGAUGUAUUUAGUAAUAAGAAAAUAAAAAAUGAUUUCUCGAUAAGCGAGGUUGUGACUGA